AUGGGCUACUUGGGCGUUGUGAAACGUCGGGCAUUCCGCCGUCCGCCCGUGGGAACGCACCGCUCGGAUAGCAUGAGCGGCCGCCGUUCCCGUGUGAUAGACGCGUACAUUCGCUCGCGAUCAUCAAUCUCUCUCAUCACCACCCAUCGAAAUAUAUUAACCGACAAUGCCGAUGAAAUCUCUCAUCCCGUCCCCGUCUAUAAACAGAUAUUCGGCGCGUACCAAAAGCGAAAUGGCCACCCGAAAGCCUGCGAAGCAAUCGUUAAACGCGCCGCCGCGCCA